CCCCCAUUUUGUUGCAUGGGGGUGUCCAGCCGGGGCUGAGGAGAGGGGUGGGGCGGGAGCGCGCGCGGCGACCGUUGGCGGGCCGUUGCCUCCCGCUGCCCCAUGAGCUCGACGACGACGACGGCGGCGGCGGCCCUCGCUGAGGGGGCGGCCCUGGCUGAGGGGGCCGCCGUGCCCUACGCGGUAGAGCUGGGGCUGACCGUGCUCCACACGGCGCUCUACGCCGCCCUCUUUCUCUUCGCCUACCUGCAGCUUUGGCUGCUCCUCUACUACCGGGAGCGGCGGUUGAGCUACCACACGCUCUGCCUCUUCCUCUGCCUGCUCUGGGCAGCCCUCAGGACCACCCUCUUCUCCUUCUACCUGCAAAACUCCCUGCAGGCCCUCCGUCUCCAGCAGCCCUUCGCCCACUGGCUCCUCUACUGCCUGCCCGGCUGCCUGCUCUUCUCCAGCCUCUGCCUCCUCAACCUCUAUUUCGCUGAGGUCAUAUUCAAAGUGAAAUGUGCAGCUGAAUUCAACAAGUACAAGGUCCUGUUGUACCUGGGCUCCGUAUUUACCAGCCUCCUCUUCUUAGUUGUGAACUUAACUUGUGCAAUGUUAAUCCAUGGUGAGGUCCCGGAGAACCAGCUGAGGUGGACAGUCCUUGCCCGUGCCCUAGUCAACGACAGCCUCUUCAUCCUCUGUGCCAUCUCGCUGGCUUGCUGCAUGUGCAAACUAGGAAAGAUGUCUUCAGCGAAUGUCUACCUCGAGUCUAAGGGAACAUCUGUCUGCCAGGCUAUUCUUGUGGGAUCUGUAGUCGCUCUUCUAUAUUCCUCAAGGGCUUGCUAUAACCUGGUAGCUGUGGCCAUAUCUCCAGACAAUGUUCCUGGUCCUUUUAACUAUGGCUGGGACAACCUUUCAGACAAGGUGCAUGUGGAAGUGAGCAGUGAAGAGUACGUGGUGUUCGGAGUGGUCCUCUUCCUCUGGGAGCUGGUGCCAACGACUUUUGUGGUGCUGUUCUUCCGGGCUCAGAGACUGAGUCAGAAUUUGACUGCGGCGGGGAUGGUCAAUAGUCACAGUUACAGCUCCAGAGCCUACUUCUUUGACAAUCCGAGGCGCUAUGACAGUGAUGAUGACUUGUCACGGCUUGGGGCCAGAGAAGGAGGCUUGGCCACCCCUCAGUGCUCUGGCUGCUAUGGGUCCCUGGCAGGGAAUGACAGCUACGCAGUGGGUCCCCAUCUCAGCGGAACCGCUACAGACAGUGCCCCCUUGCUCUUCGCCGCAGGCGGCUCGGAGAUGAAUAAUCACCAUAGCUCAUACCCUGCACCACAGAACUGAAGAGGCUGCGAGGUCCCUUUCUUCUCAGAAGUGGCAUUCAUGUAUAGGAUUGUAACCUGGUUUUCUCCUUCCUUCUUCCCUGAAGCAUCUAACUCAUCGACACAAACAUUCCACUACCUGCUGCAGCUGUAAGCAGGACUGAGCCUAUGGCUGCAGGCAGUAAGCAAGAGAACUGUGACUUUAAGGUACCAUGUAGCAAAGUGAAGCUGAACUCUCUGGAAGCUUUUUCUUGGUCUGGUCUUCAAGAUGUUGGCAGCUAAAUGCACCAGAGCUUCCUCACUAGAAAAGAAACAUCAAAUGCAUAUUUGCACUUUUAUCUGCACACUUGGAAGGAACGAAUCUCGCUCAGACUGUGCUUAGUCUGAGACUGUUCUAGUUACUCUUUUAAUUGCACAUCCAUAGCUGGGAGAGGCACUGUCUUCCUGCAAAGACGUGUUCCGUGAAGUACUCUGCAUCCUGACUCACUUGGGAGUGUGAAGCUCUGUUAAGCGAGCGUGUUACGGGCAGGGCCUCCUGCGGUGAAUGUUAAAGCAUACUGUGCCAUAUUCACGCCUGGCAGGGCUGAGGCCUCUGGGCUCAGUGUGGUCUUGCUCUGGCUGCUGGUCCUUGUUUCACCUUGUUGCUGAACUGUCCUACGUAGGACUGUGGGUUCAAAGCUGAGCUCAAAGCAUAUCCUAGCGGAGGCCUGCGAGGGUGAGGUCAAGUGCUCCUACUGGCUUAAAGAUCACUACGUUGUAACCAACCCACUAGCUUAUGGCAAAGGAAGAGGGCUGGCUUGGAUGGUAGCUGCUGUCAAGUGAGGGGGCAAGACUUUAUAGGCUGCUGCCUUCAGGGAAAGCUUCAAGCUGGAGCUGGCUCAGCAAGAGUGUGCGUGCAGGAUCACGUGUGGCCCCAAGAGUAUGUAAAACUAGGACUGCUUUAACUGGUGGGUGGUGAGAGCAGUCUUGCUCCCCCCUCCACUUCACCCAUGGUGGGGCUCCCCUUUUUCCCCCCUCAGUAUUAAAUUGCAUUUAGCAGAUAACCAAGAGUUUGAACCUGAAGUGAAUGUGAACUGGUGGGGUCCCCACUGGGGAGGAGGCAAUGCCUGCUGUUGUGGAGGGAAGUGGCAGACACUGCAGAGAUCUGUUCCCUGGGUUCCUUGCUCUCCCCUCCCCUGCCAUGGGGUGGGAUGGUGGGCCUGGAGUCCUCCUGCUGCCACACAGCUGUGUCAGCAGCGCUUGGUGUUGUACACAGGGUUUGACUGUGCUGGGUCAGUCUGGGAGGAGGUUUCUCUGUCUCUCUUUAACCAAAAUAGCCAAGUUUGACCUGGCCUAUAGCUCUGUUGGGCCCUUGGAGAUGAGGCUUGCUGUUAUUCCUGGCUUGUCCCUGAGCCUGAUGUGGGGAUGAGCGAAGCAGCUUUGGGCACAGACUUGGAUGGAGACACUGGUCCAGGGGCGACAGCUGCUCUGACCUCUAGUGACAACCUGAACUGGAACUGCUUUUUAACCCACCUAGAGCUGCUCCUGCUGUUCAAACCCAAGCCUGACACUGAAGGGCCCAGCUGGGGUGAAGGACUUACCUGUGCACAGAGUGGUACGGUGCUGCCCGGCUUGGUGUGGGAUGCUGGGCUGGCCUCUGGAGCUGGAGGGACCCCGAGGCAGCCUCAGUGUCUGCAGCUGUGUGUGAGAGAAACCCCAAGCACUGGGGCAGCCCCGGCCUCUCCUCACUUGCCACGUGCUCACUAGUAUGGUCUGGUCACUCAGUCACCCACCUCGCUUUUACUGAGCUAGAUGUCACUUGUCACGCUGAGAACACCCUGUCCUUCUGUGUGGUCUCCUGUGCUGGCUUGUGGGCCUCUCCCUGCUAACCUGCUUCACUCUUGCUGGCCCAAAAAAAGGAGCAAACCCUGCUUCUUUUUGGAGAAGGCUCUGCGAUGAUAACUUUCAGCACAUCCCUCUUGCUCUAGUACUUGAACCAGAGAGCUCUGCCCUGACUGCCGUGGCUCUCCUGGCUGCUCCACCUUGCUUGUUGUAAAGGACCUGUCUCCUUGCCUCGGCUGGGGUGCAGAAACAGGCUGCUCCAUCUCAAUCACGGCUUGACUUAUGGCAAAGCUAAUGAAGGACCUGGACUCGGUGCGUUGCCCUUCUUUCUUCUCCCAUAAGUCACCAAAGACAGUAAGUGACGCUAGUGGCCCCUGUUCUUGCUUAAAUUCCAAAGCACUAGGAGCACUUUAAGUUUUCUUCGGAGGGAAAGGAGUGUAGUGCAAAAAAAAAAAAUUAAAAAAUAAAAAAUUAAAGGGCUACAGGCUCAUUGUUCAUAUUGCACUGAAGCACACAACAACAAUACGAUCUUCCUGGCAUUAGGAUGGCAGGUCAGGGCAGUGAGUCUCGUUGCUAAUGUACUCGUGAGUGACUGGCAAAGUGUUUUGGUUUUACUCAUUUGUAUGGAUGGCCGUUAAUUUCAAAACUCUGACCGCUCCUGCUGGGGCUGGUCCCGUGUUUUACUGAAGUAAUUUAUAGCUGAGAAGUACAAUGACUUUUUUAAUGCAUAGUUGCCUUUCAUUAAACUUUCUUUUUUUGG